GUGGGAGAAGUUGACAACAGCAAAAGAAUGGGAGCUGAGUGGAUGGAAUUUGAAUUUGAAGAGUGAAUACAGGAAAUUGUUGCAGAAGAUCCUGUUUUCAGUUUAUAACUCAGACAGUAGAAGAAAAAUAGAAAGUGAAACUCAAAAACAAGGGGGAGAAAAGAAAGACAAAAGAAGCAAUACAUUGGAAAUUCUUAUUGAUUUAAAUGAGCAAAAUCAUAAGGAUAAUAAAGAAUUUCAAGAAACGUUGUUGUCAAUGUUUGGUCAAUUAAUUUUUGCUAUAAACCAAUAA